AUGAUAAUCCGAGCCGUACAGAAGGCUCCCUUGGCCUGCCCUCGCGGCAUUGGCCACACACACCUCUCUCGCCCGCCAUGGCUCCCCCAGAGCCCCCGAGCUCCCAUCCGCAUCUUCCAGACUAGUGCCCCGUCGAGACGUGAGGAACCCAAGAACCAGACGACUACGACGACGAAGCUCGGAGAUGCCCUCACAAAGACCCCAGCGAAGGCUGCCCCGACCAAGAAAGCCGCUGCCGCUGCCGAUCCCCUUGCUACACCUGAAAAAAGCGCGCAGGAGCAGCGCAAGGCCGACUGGGCCAUCAUGAGGGAGAUGUCGAGAUACCUCUGGCCCAAGGACAGUUUGAGCACCAAGCUCCGUGUUGGGCUUGCUGUCUCGUUGCUGAUUGGUGCCAAGGUCCUCAACGUCCAGGUGCCCUUCUACUUCAAGAGCAUUGUUGAUGCCAUGAACAUCGAUGUCGGAGCUACCGGUGGCACAGCGGUGACGAUAGCAGGCAGUAUGAUUUUGGCGUACGGCGCGACAAGGAUAGGAGCCACAGUCUUCCAGGAACUUCGGAAUGCCGUCUUUGCCUCUGUGGCCCAGAAGGCAAUCCGUAGGGUUGCCUGCAACGUUUUCGACCAUCUGCUGCGGCUGGACCUCAGCUUCCACCUGUCCAAGCAGACGGGUGGUUUGACUCGGGCGAUAGAUCGAGGAACCAAGGGUAUCAGCUUCUUGCUGACAAGUAUGGUCUUUCAUAUCCUCCCUACGGCUUUGGAAAUCUCAAUGGUCUGCGGUAUCUUGACCUGGCAAUAUGGCGCCAAGUUCGCCGCAAUCACGGUGCUUACCAUGGUCGGAUACACGGCUUUUACUAUCUGGACGACUGCUUGGAGAACCAAGUUUAGGAGGCAGGCAAACGCCGCCGACAACAAGGCAUCAACGGUGGCUGUGGACUCUUUGAUCAAUUACGAGGCUGUCAAGUAUUUCAACAACGAGAAGUUCGAGGUCGCGAGGUAUGACCAAGCACUCCAGGCAUACGAGAAGAGCUCCAUCAAGGUCGCUACAUCCUUGGCACUUCUCAACAGUGGACAGAACAUCAUCUUUUCAUCCGCCUUGACGGCCAUGAUGUACCUGGCGGCGAACGGUGUCGCACAGGGAAACCUCACGGUCGGCGACCUGGUCAUGGUCAACCAGCUCGUUUUCCAGCUCUCGGUACCUCUCAACUUCCUCGGAUCUGUCUACCGCGAAUUGCGCCAAUCCCUACUUGACAUGGAGACGCUGUUCAACCUGCAAAAGGUCAACGUCUCCGUCAAGGAUGAGCAUAACGCCAAGCCUCUUGCCCUUUCAAAGGGUGGUGAGAUCAAGUUCGAGAAUGUCACCUUCGGGUACCAUCCCGACAGGCCCAUUCUCCGCAAUCUCUCGCUGACUAUCCCCGCCGGCAAGAAGGUCGCCGUUGUUGGCCCUAGCGGCUGCGGCAAGUCUACGCUCCUUCGUCUCCUGUUCCGCUCCUACGAUGUCCAGUCUGGCCGCAUUUUCAUCGAUGACCAGGACGUCCGACAGGUUCAGCUCGACUCUCUUCGCAGAUCUAUCGGAGUUGUGCCUCAGGACACGCCCUUGUUCAACGACACUAUUGAACACAACAUCCGAUAUGGCGACAUGUCCGCUCCUCAUGAGCGCGUCAUUGCUGCUGCCCAGCGCGCGCGCAUUCAUGAAAUCAUUGAACGCUUCCCCGAUGGGUACCAGACCAAGGUUGGAGAGCGAGGCUUGAUGAUCUCUGGUGGCGAGAAACAGCGCCUGGCUGUCAGCAGACUGCUUCUCAAAGAUCCUCCCUUGCUCUUCUUCGAUGAGGCAACUAGCGCCUUGGAUACCCAUACCGAGCAGGCCCUCAUGCUCAACAUCAACAGUAUUCUUCGUGAGAAGUCGCGGACAAGCGUUUUUGUCGCGCACAGGCUGCGUACCAUCUUUGACGCUGACCUGAUUAUCGUGCUCAAGGAGGGCAGUGUGGCCGAGAUGGGCACUCACAGAGAACUAAUCGACCGGGGUGGAUUGUACGCCGAGCUUUGGAGUGCCCAGGAGACAUUGUUCAACGCCGAAGGCGAGCGCGAGGAUACGGAGAACACUGAGAAGGCUACAGAAAAGACACCGACAGGUCGCUGA